AUGGCUAUCCCUCAAGCCGCCACCAUCUUGUUGAUCAACCCGCUCGAUGCGAAUGACCUCAUCCAUGAGAAUCCAGGCCGUACAAAAAGUUCCAUUGGCCUUUUUUAUUAUGCGUUUGAGCAGCAAACUGAACCUCGAGCUAUUGGUACCCCGAGACAGGUGAAGGGUAUUCAUCCGCACCCGGCAUAUUAUUAUAAUGCUAAGAAAGACACAAAUGUCGUUUCCCGGGGCUCUUUCUUGUUGCGACAAUUUGCUAUUUUCGUCUGGCAGUAUGCUGUACUUGAUAUUGUUCAGUUUUCUGCUCACCGAAUGCCAGUGAGGUCGAUGACUGGUGAGAUAUUUACAGAACUUGAGUGGAAUGUGCCCAUUGAUAUCUGGAUUCAACGGAUUACAGAAAAUUUAAUUUCUUGGUUUUUGAUUGCUCGCAUUUGCCUUGACUGCCGAUACCGGAUGGCCUCGAUUAUAGUUGUGGGAUUGGGGAUAAACUCCCCUCAAGACUGGUCGCCGAUUUUUGGAAGCAUGUCUGAUGCUUAUACUUUACGGAAUUACUGGGGAACUUUUUGGCAUCAAGGUCUACGCCAGGCACUCACAUCAGUCAGCAACUUGGUCACACGUGAUAUUAUGCAUCUUCCCAGACCAUCACUUCUGGAACGAUACACGAAUAUCUUUCUCGUAUUCUUCGCGUCAGGUGUACUUCAUCUGGUUACCGACAUAGUCAUGGGUAUUCCCGCGCAGUACUCUGGCGCUAUCCUAUUUUUUACGAGCUUCGUUUUGGGAUUCAUGAUUGAAGACUGCGUUCAAGCCCUUUAUAAACGAAUUAAAGGUCCCGAAGUACAGAUCGUCUCGAAGUGGAAGCGGGUUAUUGGAUACUUGUGGGUUGCUACAUGGUUGGGUAUCGUAUCAACAGUGCAUUUGUUCCCGGGUUCGCAGCGUAUUCCCCCACACGAACUAAGGACAGUUCCAUAUAGAAUAUGUGAUCGCGUUGGUAUUGCGCCUGUUGCUGGAUUUACUGUUGUUGGUGGUCUUGCUUUGCUGUUCGGGUAUAAGGUCGAGAUAUGA